CGCAUUAGAGGCGUCGGUUGCCAUAGAAACCAGCAUGGCUGCCACUUCCCCCGUGUCCCGUAUUUUUGCUUCUUUACAGCCAGCGAACUCCUCAGCCUUACACACGGGCGACUUGGAAAACAGAGCUGGCAUAGUUGUUGGGCAACACGGAGGGCGGGAGGUGCAAGUUAGCGGUAGCGCGGAACUAAGCGCUGCUCCUGACAGGGCCCAAGUAUGUAUUGCGGUUAGCAGCAGUAAAGGUACAGCGGCUGAAGCCAAGAGCAGCGUGCAGAGGCGCCUGGAGUACAUCGCACAGAGUCUACGGCAAGGGGGAGUGACGGAAGAAAAUAUAACAGUAUCCAAGGAAUUUCAAAGACUAUCAAACACAUACAAGAUGGAAGCAGUGGUAUGCGUUGUAUUCAGUGACUUUGAUAAACUGCAGAGCAACUGCAACUUGCUUGUUGAAAAACUAGACAGCUCAGUGAACAUAAGCCCUCCACAUUUCUAUCAUACAGCAGAUUGCCUGGAAAAAUUAAGGCGGGAAGUUUGUCUUGGUGCAGUUGCUAAUGCCCGGCGAAAAGCUCAAGAGGUAUGUCGUUUGGUUGGCCACUCACUAGGGAAAGCUUUAAUCAUCAGAGAAGAAGAGUUGAGGGAAUGGGAAGAUCAAGCAGAGAGCUCUCAAGCACACCAGUCUAUUCAGUCUAAAAUUAAGACUGCCACAAUAUAUGCAGCCUCAAAAAUUUUAGCAACCUUCGAAAUAAAGGGAAAAGAGAGGCACAAAAAGAACCGUUAAAGUGUCUUAACACAGAACAAACCAUUACAAGUUUUUAAAGUUUUUUUAUAUAUAUAUAUAUAUAUAUAUAUAUAUCAGACAAAUAAAUAUUCCAUUUUAAAAAAUCA